AGAAUUUGGUUACUAUGUACAGUUCAGAGAUGAGUUGCUGGAAACUGCUUGCCUGCAUCAGCAACUAGAGACAUAAAAAGCAAGUCACAAAAAACAAAACUGUAGACUCCACCACUGCCCAGCUUGAAGAGCAUCAGCAGUGGAGAACUAUGACAAUACAGCAAGUCCUAUUACUUCUGCUGCUCUGGAUGUGGUUGCCGCUUCCCUGCCAUACAGAAAUGCUGUUCAGAAGGACUCCUGAUCUCAGACCCAAAAGCUUUGGAGGACGUGCAUCUGGGAAUGAUGGAAAAGCAAUUCACCGUCAGAAGCGAGGCUGGAUGUGGAACCAGUUUUUUCUUCUAGAGGAAUACACAGGAUCUGAUUAUCAGUAUGUAGGCAAGCUUCAUUCUGACCAGGACAAGGGAGAUGGAUCCCUCAAAUACAUUUUGUCAGGAGAUGGGGCUGGUACUCUUUUUAUAAUUGAUGAGAAAACAGGUGACAUUCAUGCUACUCGGAGAAUUGACAGGGAAGAGAAAGCCUUUUACACGCUGCGUGCCCAAGCUAUUAAUAGAAGAACUCUGAGACCAGUGGAACCUGAAUCUGAGUUUGUCAUCAAAAUCCAUGACAUCAAUGACAAUGAACCAACGUUUCCCGAAGAAAUUUACACUGCUAGUGUUCCUGAAAUGUCAGUAGUGGGUACUUCUGUGGUGCAAGUUACAGCUACUGAUGCUGAUGACCCUUCAUAUGGAAACAGUGCCAGAAUCAUUUACAGCAUACUUCAGGGGCAGCCAUAUUUCUCUGUGGAACCAGAAACAGGCAUCAUCAGGACUGCUUUGCCAAACAUGAACAGAGAGAACAGGGAGCAGUACCAGGUAGUUAUCCAAGCAAAGGACAUGGGAGGCCAGAUGGGUGGAUUAUCAGGGACCACCACCGUGAACAUCACUUUGACUGAUGUCAACGACAAUCCACCUCGAUUCCCCCAGAGUACCAUUCAUCUCCGCAUUCCUGAGUCCUCCCCAGUUGGGACAGCCAUUGGCAGUGUCAAAGCCACAGAUGCAGACACUGGAAAAAAUGCAGAAGUAGAAUACAGAAUUAUAGAUGGCGACGGGACAGAUAUGUUUGAUAUUGUGACGCAGAAGGACACACAGGAAGGCAUCAUAACUGUGCGAAAGCCACUGGACUAUGAGACGAGACGACUUUACACCUUGAAAGUAGAAGCUGAGAAUACCCAUGUGGAUCCACGCUUUUAUUAUCUCGGGCCUUUUAAGGAUACAACCAUAGUGAAAAUCUCUGUAGAAGAUGUAGAUGAACCUCCUAUCUUCAGCAGAUCAUCUUACCUUUUUGAGGUGCAUGAAGAUAUUGAGUUGGGGACAAUAAUAGGUACAGUAAUGGCACGGGAUCCUGAUUCGGCCUCAAGUCCAAUAAGGUUUUCCCUAGAUCGUCACACUGACCUUGACAGGAUAUUUAAUAUUCAUUCUGGAAAUGGAUCCAUCUAUACUUCUAAACCACUUGACCGUGAGAUAUCUCAAUGGCACAAUCUUAGCGUUAUAGCAGCUGAGAUCAACAAUCCUAAAGAUACUACCCGUGUUCCUGUCUACGUAAGAAUUUUGGAUGUUAAUGACAAUGCCCCACAGUUUGCUGUAUUCUACGAUACUUUUGUCUGUGAAAAUGCAAGAGCUGGACAGCUUAUUCAAACCAUAAGUGCAGUAGACAAAGAUGACCCUCUUGGUGGACAAAAAUUUUUCUUCAGUUUAGCUGCUGUUAACCCUAACUUCACUGUUCAGGAUAAUGAAGAUAACACUGCCAGAAUUUUGACGAGAAGGAAUGGCUUUAGUCGACAUGAAAUCAGUACUUACCUUCUGCCAGUGGUGAUCUCGGACAAUGACUACCCGAUCCAGAGCAGCACUGGCACGCUGACCAUUCGUGUGUGCGCCUGCGACAGCCGGGGGAACAUGCAGUCCUGCAACGCUGAGGCCUUGCUCCUCCCUGCGGGCCUCAGCACGGGGGCACUGGUGGCCAUUCUCCUUUGCAUCAUUAUCCUGCUA